AUGGCGCACCAAAAUGACAAUCCGUCGUCUCCUCGAUCAUCGAGCGGAGGCGCCGAUUCUUUCAAAGGAACGCCCGACACUCGGCUGACUGCAAUGAGCCCAGAUGAUGGUCCAAAAUCAUCCAGCCUUCUCAAGAGUUUUGCCCGCUCAGCUACCACCGCGUCUCCUGCUCGACUUCCGGCCGGCAGCUUUCGCAGUGUGGUUUCUCACAUGGACAAGGACCCCUUCAUCACCUCCAUGCAUAGUGUUGGCACGAGAUUGUCGCCAACAGCCUCAACAUUCAGCCCUUUCGGUGGCAAUACUUACGUCCGCUUGCCAGAGGGAGAAGGUCCUAUUUCUGGCGCUCUCAGUACCGACAUUGGAUUGUCGAGAAUUCUUGUUAUAUCAUCGCCCACCCAAGUUUCCACGCGUGAGGUGGAGGCUGUUCUGGCCGACAUUGAAAAAGAUGGGAGCAACACUUACGGAGCAAGAAAUCUCAAGGCCCACAGUGGUGGAGUGUUUGUCUACUUCACCGAUAUCAGAGACGCCUGUGCAGUGCAGGCAAAGCUUCAUCAAGUGGACAAGGGUUGGAAAACUGCCUUUGCUAAUCCCACACGCGUUGCCCAGUCUCAAAGCGCUCAUCUGGACGUGGGACAAGUUGCAGGCAGUUUGGAUUCAGAUCCCCGAGCUGAGUUGGAUAAACUUUCCGGCUAUGCGGUAGGCCUCUCUCAUACUGGUCAAGUUCAAGUCUUUGUUGUUGUUCCGCCUGGAGUUGUCAUGGACCCGACGCACGUCAUGAGAGCGGCUCAUCGAUUCUUGCAAUCACACGGCCGCCUAUUUGCCUUCAUUAGGCUAAGUUCUUUUCCGAACGGCUCUUUCAGAGCUGUUGCCGAGUUCUGUGACACCACCACAGCCUUUCCCGUCAUACAAGCUUGCAGCGGUGGCAUCUCCAUUGAGGGAAUUCAACUAUUUGCAUCAGCUUACAACGUUGAUGCUUUGUCUACCUCGGGGAUCACCGACGCAAUGGAAGAGAUGACCGUUGGCAAAAGAACAGAUGACCCACGUCAACAACGGCUGAGCCCUGUUACUCCCAACUCAAACUCAAACUCUUCUCAUGUUGGGCAGGGGGAUGCUCACUACAAUGCGCCCGUAGCCAUGUAUCCACUCAUGUUCCAAACGCCAUUCACACCGGCUGUGCCAUAUAUGCUAGAUUCAUUCCUGCCACCGGUGCAAGCAAACUCGGGCAACCCUUUGACACCAUUUACUCCACAGUACCCUGUCUUUGGAACUUUGUAUCAAACGCCGCCGUCUCCAGCUCUGACGGCUCAGAACAGCUAUAGUCCGUCCAGAAACUUUUCAGGGGCUGACAGAGCAGAUGCCCGCCGUCAGAAUGCCAUGAGAGUCAGCAGGUCUGCUUAUCAUAGCACAGCGACUCAUCAUAACCACGUUGACAUCAUUCGCAUUCGCGAUGGGAUUGAUGUUCGCACCACAAUAAUGCUUCGGAACAUCCCCAACAAAGUGGACCAAGCCAUGCUGAAAAGAAUCAUUGACGAGUCUAGUUGGGGAAAAUACGAUUUCAUGUACCUUCGCAUCGACUUUGCCAACGACUGCAAUGUCGGAUAUGCGUUCAUCAACUUUGUAGAUCCUCUGGAUAUUAUUGAUUUUGUCAAUGCCCGCGGAAAUCAGCGCUGGAACUGCUUCAAAAGUGACAAGGUAGCAGAAAUCUCAUACGCUACCAUUCAGGGUAAAGAUUGUUUGGUACAGAAGUUUCGAAACAGUUCAGUAAUGCUAGAGGCCUCGCACUAUCGUCCCAAGCUUUACUACACAUCGAACGGUCCAAUGCCCGAUCUCGCUGGACAAGAAGAGCCAUUCCCGGAACCUGACAAUCAAUCCAAGAUGAAGCGAAGUUGUGAGAACGCCGAGCAUGUCGGCCUCUUCACACCGAAUGCAGGGCAGCACUUCCGCGACGAACAGCGACGCCGGCGAUCUCAAUAUGAUCGGGGAACUCGUCUUGCAGCACUCGAAGAGUAUGACUAUGAGACCGCCAUACAGCAUCUCUACGGCAGUACGGCUUAG